GAUGGUGUCCCGGAAGGCUGUGGUGGUUCUGCUGCUGGUGCAUGUGGCUGCCAUGCUGGCCUCCCAGACAGAAGCCUUCGUUCCCAUCUUCACCCACAGUGAGCUCCAGAAGAUUCGGGAAAAGGAGCGCAACAGAGGUCAAAAGAAGUCCCUGGUUUUACAAAAGAGGUCUGAGGAAGUGGGGCCUCUGGACCCUUUGGAGCCCGCAGAGGAAGACGAAAACCAAGUUAUCAAGCUGACUGCUCCUGUGGAAAUUGGAAUGAAGAUGAACUCCAGGCAGCUGGAAAAGUACCGGGCCGCCCUGGAAGGGCUGCUGAGUGAGGUGCUGCUGUCCACCCAGAAUGAUGAGUGACAGCCUGCUCCAGGGAGAAGGUGGAGAAAAACCAGGAGCCCCCCUCCCACCUGCGGAAGGCCCUGAAAUCUGCAUGCCCCACAGCCGGGCUCCGAAGGAAAAUGCUCUCUCCCAGGCAAGCCCCCCUCCAGCAAAUAAAGCAGGAAAUCUACAGAAACGACUCUUUUUAAUAUUUUAAUCUGCAAAGGUCAAACUCAGGUCAUUCCAUAAAGGGGGAAAAGAAAUAAAGCUCAGAGGGAACUGGCCAUAAAUGGUGGUACGUACAGGAGCAAAACGUGAGCCUUUAAUAAAUUCCAUGUUCAAAUAUGAAGUCAGACCCACAGAACUGGAAGAUUUGUGCCCCUGAGGAAAGAUGGCAUUUUCUGCCCAACACACCAGUCAGUAUUAGAGCAAGGACUAGAAUUCAGGUCUCCUGAACCCCGGUCUACUUUCUGUUUAUUGAUAAGCUUGAGGUCUAAUGGGCCAGAGUUGUA